GUGGGGAGGGCUGAAGUUUGGGGGUAAAUGCCCCGGUUGUGUCGUGGCGUAACUCGGCGUCCCCCGUGCACGCCAGCGGGAGCGGGUGGGAGAGGCGUGGAACAGCAGGGGGGCGGCCGUAAACCGCCCGCCGAGUGGCGGAGUUCCCUUGAAACUGGAUGCAAGAAGAGAAUGGAUAUGGGUAACCAACACCCGUCCGUAAAACGGUUGCAUGAAAUACAGAAGGAAGUCAAAGAGAUCGAGCCGCAAGUCGUCGUCUUCAGUGGUUUGCCUACUGACAAAGAUUAUAAGAAAUUGGAAAGAACUCUCACUAAGCAGCUUUUUGAAAUAGAUUCUGUAGACACUGAAGGGAAAGGGGAUAUUCAGCAAGCCAGAAAGCGUGCGGCUCAGGAAACAGAGAGGCUACUCAAGGAACUGGAACAAAAUGCAAACCAUCCACGCAGACUGGAAAUAGAAGCUAUCUUCAGGGAAGCACAGCUGCUUGUGGAGCGUGAGAUUACACCUUUUUACAAAGGAGGAAACUGUAUAAGUGAUGAGUUUGAAGAAGGUAUUCAGGACAUAAUACUGAGGCUUACUCAGGUGAAAACUGGAGGGAAAAUUUCUUUACGCAAAGCAAGAUACCGCACUCUGACGAAAGUAUGCGCUGUUCAGGAGAUCAUAGAAAGCUGUGUAAAGCAGCAACUGUCCCUGCCACUCUCUAAUGAUGCACAUCCUUCAGUCUCCAAAAUUAACUCUGUAAUGUGUGAUGUGAACAAAGCUAGAGGAACUCUUAUUGCGCUUCUAAUGGGAGUGAGUAGUAAUGAUACCUGCAGGCAUUUAUCCUGUGUGCUUACAGGCUUGAUUGCUGAUUUGGAUGCUUUAGAUGUCUGUGGUCGCACGGAAAUAAGAAAUUACAGAAAGGAAGUAGUUGAAGAGAUCAAUAAACUGCAAAAAUAUCUGGAUUUGGAAGAGGAAGCAAAUUCUACUCAUGCUUAUGAUUUGGCACAAAAUCAGUCCAUUCUGAAAAUAGAAGAAAUCCGCAAGAAAAUGAAGGAAGUUAACUCUUUACUUUUAAAAACAGAGAAUGCUUCCGACUUGUAUUUGAGAGCCAAGGCAGAACUGCAAGGAUUAAUUGCCCAAUUAGAUGAAGUCAGUCCAGGGAAAAACCCCUGUAUUAGAGAAGCCAGGAGAAGAGCGGUAAUAGAAGUGCAAACUCUCAUAACGUAUAUUGAUUUAAAGGAAGCACUUGAAAAAAGGCAAAUGUAUCCUGAGCAAACUGCUGCUGAACAUCAGUCUCAUAAAGCAGUUUGGAGUGUUCUUGGAAACUUGUCUCAAAUUCAGCAGGAGGUGAUUUCAUUUGAUGGAAACAGAACGGAUAAAAAUUACAUGAGACUGGAAGAGCUUCUUACAAAGCAACUUUUAGCACUUGAUGCUGUUGAUCCGCAAGGCGAUGAGCGGGUUAAGGCUGCCAGAAAGCAAGCAGUAAAGCUUGCACAGAAUAUUCUGUACUAUCUGGACAUGAAAACAGAUGAAUGGGAGUAUUGAUACAGCCAUAGUCUAAGAGUAGACACCUUUUCUUUUCCCUUGGCACUUUCUGCAGACCGAUAGCUCCAUUGGCAGCACAUGAUUGAAGUUGGUGUGUUGUAUGUUUGCUUAAAUCAUGGCAAUUGCAUAAGAAGUUGGCUUGGCUAUAUGUCUGCUAUCCCACACACUUACCCGCUUGCCAUGGCAACUGUCAGUACGCCAUCAGCAAUUCUGGUCAUUGCUAUCAAGCAAAGAAAUGUGAUUCUCUGAAGGAAUAGCUUAAUACUUGAUCAAGUGGCUUCUUUCUGGUUUUGUUGUAAUAAUUUUGCUCAAUAGUUAGAGAAUGCGUUUUUUUCAAAGAUGCAGAAACUUCCUUAUGAUACAAGACUGUCAAAACUGCUUAAAGAAGACUGGACGUAAAAAUCAGUGCUUAAGCAUGUGGCUCCAUCCAGCAAGUUCAGAGGAGUCUUGAUACAUUCUUAAUGUGCUGUUAUAAUGGAGAGUAUUAAAUGCAAAAACUUGCUGACUUGAAUCGUACUUGAUUUAUCCCAUCCUACAUCCUUUUAUGGGUGUUUAGAUUUCUUUCUUAGCAGAACUGUAAUGCCAACUGCAAAUUAGCAUUUACACAAGCAAAGCCAAUUAUGUCUGUUUUUUUUUUGUUUUUAAGUAUCCGACCCUUUCUGUUUGCAAAUACACUUUUUUCCCUUCUGUUGAUGGAAACUCCCUCAAAUUCUUGCUUUGAGGUAAAUGAGACCUGGAGAGGAAAAUCUCUGCAGGUACACUGAUUAGAUAAAUGGGAUUUUUAAGGUUUAAUACUGCCCUUCAUAAACUCCAGAAAACUGCACUGAACUUUCUUUAGUGGCUGCUUAGGUGUCUUUUUAAACUCUGCUGUCGGAUCUGCUUUUGACUAGUCUUUUCACAUUUGGUGAAAUCACUCUGAUAUGAAUGAGCAUUUCAGAAUUAUUUUUGUAAAAUUAGGUAGCUAUAAAAAUGUCCCUAAUAACUUAAAUGUGUGUUAUGUAUUUCAUGCUGGUCAGAUGUGGCUUCUGGCAGGACUUGGGAAAGACCUGUGGCAUGUGUCUCUCUGUAACUCAUCACUUCAUUGUUCUAGCAACUUACUAAAUAAGCUUGCUUAUACUGCUGUAUGAGCCUCCUGUUUUGUUUGUGGCUGCUAAUAUCAAUAACAUUUCUUCAAUAGCAUGUUUUGUGGCAUUUGAGAGUAUGGCAUUAAAAUGAAAUAAUAUAUAUUUAAUUCUGGAUAUUUUGCACUUAGCUCUUUCAUGCUGAAUUUAUAAAUUAUUGUUCUGUAGAUGAUGAUUUGCACCACUGUAAGUAGCGUAAACAAUUUUGGAUGUUAAAACUAUUUUUAGAAACAUUUUUAACUGCUUAGAGAAGACAAUACUUUCUGUGAGAGACAAGUGCCUUUAUGACACCAUUGACUUGCACCAUCCUAUGUAGAUACAGGAACUGUUGACUGGCAGCUUGGUGGAGCUGAAAUCUUUACCCAUUAGAUUUAUCCUAUAAUAUAUCAGUCUACUAUAAUAUAUGUCAAGUUAAUAUAAUACGAUAGGUAACAGUUCUUCUCUGGAGACUUGACAGUGAAGUCACCAAUUUGUGAAAUACAGAUUCUGUUCAAAAAUGGAUGUGUUGAUGUCAAGAUAGGAGACUCUGGGUAGGUCUUUCUGUGCCUGUUACUACAAGAAAGGGAGAAUGAUAUUUAUGCAGUAACAUGCUUUCGGAUGUUGAUGCAAGGCUGGGUAACUUCAGAGUAUGAAAAUAUUUUGUUUGUGAUUGUAGAGGUGAUUUCUUGGCAGUUUACUUCACAAAAACAAUCUAUUUUUUCAAUUAAGUACAGUACCUAAGGCACAAUUUGGCAAUGCCAGAACAUUUGUUGGAGGAUUCUUCCUGCAUCUUUAGAGACAUGACCCCGUUGAAUUUAUCUGUCUUUGCUUCAAAAAACAUUUCUUCUAGCUAAAAUUCCUAUCUAUAUUUACGUAUUAUGUGUCUAACAGAUUAUUAAUGAUGUUAUACACCUAAAAUAUAUUACUCAUUUCAAGCUUUCCUACGUGUUUGAAAUGCAACUUCUAACUUAUGCCUAAAUUUUUAGGAAAUUUAAGAAUUUGAUAAGGUGAUCCUAUUCACUUUUAUUUAAUAUUACUGUCAGGUCUGCAAUGGUUUAAAGUGGUACAUUGUUUAACAAUUAUUUUAGUGUCUGUGUUCUUUGGAGGUUGUGUGAAACUUUAGAAAUGUUUGAAACUCUUACGUAAAGAUGAGUAAGAAUAGUUUUAAGAUCUGUUCUAUUUCAAAUUUAUCUCUUAGCUUUUCUAAACCAAUAGUUAGGCCUGCAUUUCUAAAGAGGCAUAUGUGUAAGGUUAGUGUAAUUUUGAUUAACUUAAUAAAGUUCAGUAGCAGUAUAUUGUGUGGAUUAAGCUUUUUUUUCCAUUUUUCUGCAGUCUCAUUAAUUGAACACUUAAAUUUUAUGGUAAAAUCCUCAUCUGGAAUGGGAUUAAUUUGCAGUUUUUGCAUGAAUGAAAAUAGUAAACUAAAUAUGCUAUACCAAAAAAUGCAGAUAUUUUGAGAAAUCUUGCUUUUGUGCUGAAUGUAACUUCUCUGUUAUGUAUCCAAAGACUGAUGGACACACCACUCUUUUCUCUCUGAUAUGGUAGGCUAAAAUAGUCAGCAAAAUUUAAAUGGACCAAAUUGCAACAAUUUGCAUUUUAGUAUUUGAAUGAAAGAUAUCCUAACUUUUGCUGGCUGUGUAAUCUACCUUGGAACAAAGGAAAUGAGUGGACAUUCUUGAGAGAGGUAAUUGUACAUCAUGAUUUUUUGUUAAUUGUAUUGUUUUUUGAAGUAGUUUACUUAUUUUAUUAAUUUUUAUUGUUUACCACUCAAAAUGUUUUUUCUGUUACUGUUUGGUGAAAACUUUUGUUAAGUAUGGUUCCUACUUUUUCAGCUUAAUGGAAAUUAUUGUACAUACGUGCUCUUUAUGAUGUGUACGUCUUGAUUUAUUGCUGUAUAUGAUAUGCAUUUGUAUAUACAAAUUCAAGAUUAAAUAUUGCAGUGUUAUAUUCCUGAUUAUUAAUAAAAAAUACUGUUACCUCGUCCUAGGUAUUCAUUUGAAUGUUA